AUGUCCUCUUUAUCGAUACUCCACUUCAACGACGUGUAUCGAGUCACAAAACAAAAGAUCCAAGGCAGCAAGGAAACGAUCGAUGUUACACAAUUCGGCGAACUGUUAGACUCCUUGCGCGAUAACUGGCCGAAACGUUCAGAUGGUAAAAGGGAUGGUCUAGUUUUAUUUAGUGGUGAUGUAUUUAGCCCAAGUGUCGAGUCCACUGUAACUCGCGGAAGUCAUAUGGUCCCGAUUAUGAACCAUAUAUCUCCAGAUGCUUCUCUGACGGGUAACCAUGAUUUUGAUUUUGGAUAUCCACAUUUGUGUAAAUUGAUAGAGGACUGCACGUUUCCAUGGAUACUGAGUAAUAUCGUUGAUACGGAUACCAACUCUACCCCCGACAAACUCACUAAAUACCAAGUGUUUGAACGUAAUGGCGUUAGAGUUGGUAUUAUUGGUUUAGUAGAAGAAGAAUGGAUCGCAACUGUUGCAUCAUGGCCACCUAACUUCAAAUACGAGUCAAUGGCUGAAGUCACGAAAUCUCUAUCGCAAGAGCUCCGUGAUCCGGAAGGGCCGCAUAAGUGUGAUAUUGUCCUGGCCUUGACCCAUGCAAGGUUACCAAAUGAUGUUAAACUCGCUAAACAAGUGUUCGCCCACUCAAAAAUGACAGGUGAAUCUAUGAAUAGUCAUGGUGCCGAUGUUUUGUUUGGGGGACAUGACCACAUGUAUUACAUUGGGCGUGGUGCAGGGUCGUGGGAUAAUUAUGAUUUAAAUAGUACUUGCCUCGGAAGCGAAGAAGACGAUGGAGUAUUCCUAGUAAAGAGUGGCACGGACUUUCGCGACUUGAGUGAGCUAACUCUCGAACUUGAAGAUACGCCUGAAGGGAGCAUUCGUCGCAAGGUAGUUAAAUCUAUUCGAGGCAACCAGCCGCCCUCACCUGCCUUGACAAGAAUUAUUAAAAAUCAACUUGAUUCUGUUUCCUCCACCUUGUCCGAGCCUAUAUGUCAUACGUUGACCGAAUGGAAUGCGAAAUCUGAUCUGGUCCGUAUUGAUGAGUCUGCUCUUGGAGACUGGAUGGCGGACGUGCUUCGCCACGCAUAUGAUGAUGCAUUAUGUGUUAAAGGGGGAGGUCCCGCCGAUGGUGUGCUGAUUUGUGGAGGUACGCUGAGGGGCGACUCGGUUUAUGGACCUGGCGACAUUACACUGGGAGAUUUGUUGGAGAUCCUGCCGUUCGAAGAUCCGAUAGUUGUGCAGGCUUUAAACGGCGAAGCAAUAUGGAAUGCCCUGGAAGCUGGGCUUUCCACCUGGCCAGCCCAAGAAGGACGUUUUCCCAUCGUUUCGGGCAUCCGAAUUGAAUGGGACUCGAGGCUUGCCCCCGGAAGUCGAGUCAAAGGUAUCUGGUUGGCGGAGCAGGAAGUCGCUUCUGAUGGAAGUAUCCAUAGUAAAAACGGCCAACCGGUUAUACGGGAUGCCAAUAAGACCUACCGGAUCGUAACUAGAGAAUACAUGGCUGCCGGACACGAUGGCUACGAUGCCCUUCGAGGAAAACCAUUUUUGAUCGACGACGAGAAUGGUGUAAUCAUGAGUUCGAUUGUACGCCGGUACCUUCUAGGCUCGCAAUACAUACAUACGUUUAAGGCUCAAAAAUCUGAUCAAGCGCCGAGUUUCUUGUCGACUUCGUCUAUUCAUACGAUCUCCAAGGCUAAACAGCGCUGGCUUAAAGCAGCAGAGAUGAUCGUCAACUUCGAGAGACAGCGUGCUCCGACGGGUCACUCUGUUGGGGAAAUAGGGGAUGCGCUUCGAAUUGCUCAACGCGAACACAUGACAGAUAUUGACCGCUUUGAUGGCUCCAAGGCACGCUGCGGAAGGACCUUGCAGUUCAAAGGAAAGGUCGACCUGGUUGUUGUGGCUCCAAUCGUUGACGGAAGGCUGAAGGAUCUUGGGAGGGUAUAG